AUGGCAAUGAACAAAAUGAAUGUUUUGCACUGGCACCUCGUGGACAGUGAAGCGUUUCCUUACGUCUCCACGAGAUUCCCAAAUCUUUCAAAAGUAGGUGCAUAUUCACCUAAACACCAAUAUUCACCGAGUGACGUCCAGGAGAUCAUCAAUUUUGCUAGGAUUCGCGGAAUCCGAGUGAUCCCUGAAUUCGAUUUACCAGGCCACACGGGAGCGUGGCAGGGACAACCAGGGCUGCUGACAGAAUGCUUCGACUCUGCUGGAAAAGAAACCCAUUUACCUAAUCUCGUCGACCCCAGUAACAACUCAACUUUUGAAUUUCUGGAGGAGUUUCUCGACGAAGUGGUGACAACGUUUCCCGAUGAGUUUCUGCACCUUGGAGGGGAUGAGGUCGAGGAUUUCAUUGAGGAAUGCUGGAGAGUCGGUGAGAAAUCCCAAAAUCCGGAAGUUUAUGGAAGAAAAGUCAUUCGGUAA